CGGCUGCUGCUCUGGUCCUGGGCAUAGCAAGCGGCGGCGCCAAGCUCCUGGGGUUGGUGCAGUCGGCGGGGGCAGCCCGGAACGUGAGGAAGUCGGUGCAGGUUACAACAGUGAGGAUGAAUAUGAAGCAGCUGCGGCACGCAUUGAGGCUAUGGACCCUGCAACCGUGGAGCAGCAGGAGCAUUGGUUUGAAAAGGCCCUACGGGACAAGAAAGGCUUCAUCAUCAAGCAGAUGAAGGAGGACGGCGCCUGUCUAUUCCGGGCUGUAGCUGACCAGGUAUAUGGAGACCAGGAUAUGCACGAAGUUGUGCGAAAGCACUGUAUGGACUAUCUGAUGAAGAAUGCUGACUACUUCUCCAACUACGUCACAGAGGACUUCACCACCUACAUCAACCGGAAGCGGAAAAACAACUGCCACGGAAACCACAUUGAGAUGCAGGCCAUGGCAGAGAUGUACAACCGUCCUGUGGAGGUGUACCAGUACAGCACAGAACCUAUCAACACAUUCCAUGGGAUCCAUCAAAAUGAGGAUGAACCCAUCCGUGUCAGCUAUCAUCGGAAUAUCCACUACAACUCAGUGGUGAAUCCUAACAAGGCCACCAUUGGUGUGGGGCUGGGCCUGCCAUCAUUCAAACCAGGGUUUGCAGAGCAGUCCCUGAUGAAGAAUGCCAUAAAAACUUCAGAGGAAUCAUGGAUUGAACAGCAAAUGUUAGAAGACAAGAAACGGGCCACAGACUGGGAGGCCACGAAUGAGGCCAUAGAGGAGCAGGUGGCUCGUGAGUCCUACCUGCAGUGGCUAAGGGAUCAGGAGAAACAGGCCCGCCAGGUCCGAGGCCCCAGCCAGCCCCGGAAAGCCAGCGCCACAUGCAGUUCGGCCACAGCAGCAGCCUCCAGUGGCUUGGAGGAGUGGACUAGCCGUUCUCCACGGCAGCGGAGUUCAGCUUCUUCACCGGAGCACCCCGAGCUGCAUGCUGAGCUGGGCAUCAAGCCCCCUUCCCCAGGCACUGUCUUAGCUCUUGCCAAACCUCCUUCACCCUGUGCGCCAGGUACAAGCAGUCAGUUCUCGGCAGGGGCUGACCGGGCCACCUCCCCCCUUGUGUCCCUCUACCCUGCUCUGGAGUGCCGGGCCCUCAUUCAGCAGAUGUCCCCCUCUGCCUUCGCAGGUCUGAACGACUGGGAUGAUGAUGAGAUCCUAGCAUCGGUGCUGGCAGUGUCGCAACAGGAAUACCUAGACAGUAUGAAGAAAAACAAAGUGCACAGAGACCCUCCCCCAGACAAGAGUUGAUGGAAACCUGGGGACUGGAUACAGUUCCCCAGUACCCCUUCCUGCCCUCCAGUGCCAUCCCACCUUCUUUGGCUUUCUUCCUCUUGCCUCCUUCCCCUUUUCCCUUGACCAGUUCCCCCGCCCCACCGUCCUCUGGCUGGCCCAUCCCUGAACUCCCCCGCCCCAUCGCUGCCACAGCCACCCUUCUCCGCCAGCUGAUGUGCCGUUGCCCCCCCCACAGCACCAUCCCUGCAUUCCACAGGGGACUCAAGCAAGGGUGCCAAAGGUAGGCGACAGGCACAGACCACCAGACAGCCAGGCCAGCCCCAGAGGAGAUGCUUGGAAGAAAGUCUCCUGCCUGCCCUUCCUUCUGAGAUCAGAUCAACUUGUCGCCCCUCCCCUCACAAUUAUGUCAGGGAGUUGGGAAGAAGUGAAAAAUUUUCUUUUCCCAGUGUCCCAAGAAUGUCUGAGCCUUCAAUGUUGAAUUUUUCUUUAUUAAAAUGAUGUGCUUUUAUCUUAUAAAAUCAACCAAUCAAGUGAUGUAGACGACAGCAUUGGCUCUGUGAAGGUGGCAUCUCUCUGGUUUAGGGGCAGCAGGCUGGCCAUGGGACAUGGAGGGGCACACCGCUGUCUUCCAGCCUCCAGCUUGGAGGUGGGCACAGGGCCUAGGAUGUGAGUCAGGUUGGGGAGCGGGGAGGGGGGUGGCAGGUGUCAGAUGGCUUUGGACAAUGAGACCCUGACCUUGCUGCAUUCCUUUUGCUUCCACCACCACUAGUCUCUUUGGAAUCUUGAGGUGAGGGCGCUUCAGGAUCAUGGCCGCCACUCAGGAUGUGAGUGUAGGGAGUGAGAGCAGCCUUGGCAGAUGGGGCAUGCGUGCCCUGCAGGUGUUGACAAGACCCACCAUCUGUAAUAUCCUUGGCACAAUAAAACCAAAUGUCAGUUUC